CUGCUGGACACAAUGCUGAUGUCAUCAGAAGAACGGAUUAAGAAGAAGCCCUCUAAAGACAGUCUGACUCUCUUACCAUGUUUCUACUUUGUAGAGUUGCCAAUUGUGGCGUCCUCUAUGGUGUCCCUGUAUUUUCUGGAGUUGACAGACAUGCUGCAGCCAGCGCAGGUCGGGUUUCGCUGCCAUGACCGGGCAUUGAGUAUGCCGUAUGUGGACGGCAGCGACGAGCUUAUCCCCCUACUGAUGUUACUGAGUCUGGCCUUCGCAGGACCUGCCGCAGCCAUAAUGCUGGCUGAGGGGUUGGUGUAUUGUAUGCAGUCUCGACUGAAAAUCCGACCCGGAAAUGAGGGCAGCAUCAACGCUGGAGGCUGCAACUUUAACUCUUUUCUGCGUCGAACAGUAAGAUUUGUAGGAGUUCACGUGUUUGGGCUGUGUGCUACGGCGGUGGUGACUGAUGUGAUCCAGCUGGCCACAGGCUAUCACUCCCCGUUCUUCCUCACUGUCUGUAAACCCAACUACACCCAGCCUGGCGUCUCCUGUCAGCACAACCCAUACAUCACCAAAGACAUCUGCUCUGGACAAGACCAGAACGCCAUCCUGUCAGCCCGGAAGACGUUUCCCUCCCAGCAUGCCACUCUCUCCUCCUUCGCUGCUGUGUAUAUUUCAAUGUAUUUUAACUCCACUAUCUCAGACAGUACAAAGCUCCUGAAGCCGGUGCUGGUGUUUGGUUUUGCUAUUGCUGCAGCACUGACAGGCCUCACACAGAUCACUCAGUAUCGCAGUCACCCCGUCGACGUCUACACCGGCUUCUGCAUUGGCGCAGGGAUUGCAGCGUACCUGGCUCUCCAUGCCGUGGCCAACUUUAAAUCAUCAGAUGACCCCGUUCCUGUCCUGGAUCCACCCCCUCAGCAGGACGCUCUGAGAGCCCUGACCCGACGAGGCCACCACUCUGUCUAUCACAAAGGUCCCGCCUCCGACAGCACCGAGGCGAUUGGUUCGGCUGGGUCUGAGGAUGGGCUAAACCAGCCAAUCCAAAGAGAGAAGGCGUCCUUGAGCAGUCUGAAGAGGGCCAGCGCCAACGUGGAGCUGCUCGCGCCCCGCAGCCCCAUGGGAAAAGAAACGAUGGUCACGUUUAGCAACACUCUUCCCCGCGCAAGCAUGGCUGGGCCUGAGGAACCCACGAGGCAUCUGGUCACGGUGCCGGUGCCUGUCCCGGUCCCGGUGGAUCCGAUGCGGUCACAGCAGCAGCUGGUGUCUGAGUGGAAGCAGAAGUCUCUGGAGCUGCGUGGGGUGAGUGGUGAGGAUGAGGAUGAGGUCAGUGAGGAAGGCUCCGAAUCUGACAACGACACCACUGAGGAGGAGACCGUGCCCACCUCAUCUCUUUGCCCUACCACCGUGCCCAGUGCCAUGCCCAUCAACCGUCCCACCAUCCCACCCACUGGUGCCAAGGUGGUCAUGCCACCUAAGCCCCCUGAAGGUUUUUCGGGCCCUCCUCCUGUGUCCCCUAAAAGUGCCACCACACGCGCCAAGUGGCUGUCAAUCACAGAGAAGAGUCAGUCGACUGUCAAUCAGCCACGCAUCAUGCAGGUCAUCACCCAGUCACGGCAGCAGGGACUGCUGUCUGCCAUGCCCAGGUCCUCAGAGGGUUCCUGCUCCUCUGGCACGGACACGCCCCCUUACCGCCCCCCAGCAGAGAGAGACCCAACCUCUAUUGUCAAGGUCGACGCUCACGCUCCAUACCACCCUGUGGUCUCCAUGGCAACAGCAAAUAACAGUCCGUGGGAGUGGAGAGGCUCCACCAAUGGGAACACAGCUGUCCAGCAAGAGGCUUACCAGAUCAACGACCACAGCCAUGAGAAUGCCCGAGGUUAUCGGCCGAUAAAAAAUGCCUCACAGAGUUCUGCUACCGGAGACUGUGUUGAUGAGGCGCUGGUCACAUCCCGUCAUAUCAAUCCCACGGGUCUGCGACGGAAAUCCCCGCUGGCUGUUCUUGACCCUCAGAACCAGACCCAACUGGGCCAAACCCAACAGAAUCUGAGGGAACCAGAUCUUUACAAAAAAAACGCGGGGGGCAGACGACAAGGGAGGGAUUAG